CUCCGCAUCAAAUAUACGGGGGGCCAUGAUUGCAACUAGAGCUGGGCCUCUCUUUGGCAAGGCGGGGACUUGCCACAUGUCCAGAAGCUCAUAAAUAGCAUGGCGACCCUCCCGUACCUCAAGCGGUGUCGAAUCCCACAUCACUCCUGGUGACUUGUCUCGUGUCUUCAUCAAAGCCUCCAGCAGUACUCGUACGAGCCAUCAGACAUCAUGGGGUUCUUCAAGAGACCCAACACCCUCAAAGAUACGCCGUCCCAGGUCCUGAACUGGAGGCUGGCAUGGGGCUCCUUUGUCUUUGGCCUGUUAGGUGCCAGUCGUGGCUUGGAUGAAGGUCUCGUCGGCGGCAUGGUCAGCAUGGGAAGCUUCGAGUCGGAAUUCGACAUUACCUCUGGCUCCGAGAAACACCAGGCAGACGUGCUGUCCAACAUCACCAGCAUGGUCCAGCUCGGCAGCAUCGUCGGCUCGCUCCUCGCCUUCUUCAUCUGCGACACCCUCGGUCGCGUGCGCACCCUCCAGGUCCUCUGCGUCCUGUGGCUCGUCGGGUUCAUCAUCGUGGUCGUCAGCCACGGCAACGUGGGCCAGAUCCUGGCCGGGCGCUUCAUCGCGGGUCUUGGGAUCGGCAUGACCGUCGUGGUAGGGCCGACGUACAUUGCCGAGGUGGCGCCCAAGUCGGUUCGCGGUACGCUCACGAACAUCUUUGCCGGCUCCGUCUACCUGGGAGCCACGAUUGCCUUCUUCAGCAACUGGCGUGCCUCGGUCAACAUCAGUGACGACUCGCGCUGGCAAUGGGUCGACCCGCAGAUGGCCCAUAUUGGUUUUGCAGGCUUCUUCCUCCUCAUGUCCUUCACCGUGCCCGAAACCCCGCGCUUCUACACCAUCAAGGGCCAAGACGAAAAGGCCCUCGAAACUCUCGCCAAGCUGCGCCAGCUCGACGUCGACCAUCCCUAUCUCCAGUCCGAGAUUAUCGCGAUUCGGCAGCAGCUCGAGAUGGAGCGCGAAGCCACGCACGGCGUAUCCCGCUGGGGCAAGCUUCGCGAGAUGUUUCUUGUCCCAGCCAACCGCUACCGCUUCAUGCUCGGCCUGAUGGCCCAGGUGCUGGGCCAGUGGUCCGGCGCCAACUCCAUCACCAUCUACGCGACGCAGUUCUUUGGCGUGCUGGGCAAGUCGGGCCAGUCGGAAAAGUUGCUGGCCAGCUGCGUCCUCGGCGUCGUGAAGCUGACGUCUGCGUACAUGUGCGCCUUCUUCCUGAUUGACUUUAUCGGCCGUCGUCGCUCCCUGUACAUGGGCAUCUCGAUCCAGACGUUUGCGCUGCUGUACAUUGCCAUCUUCCUCGGCGUCGUGGGCACCGAGCGGAUCGAGUCCAAGGACCUGACGGCGGCCCAGCACCAUGGCGCCGUGGGGGCCAUUGCCAUGAUCUACAUCUCGGGCAUCGGCUGGACCAUGGGCUGGAACUCGUUCCAGUACCUCGUCAACGCCGACAUUUGGUCCCUGCGCCUGCGUGCGCUGGGCAGCUCCAUGGUCAUGUGCCUGCACUUUGUGAACCAGUUUGGGAACACCAAGGCGGUGCCGUCCAUGCUGAUUACCAUGCAGAGCUCGGGCUUCUUUGCCUUUUGCACGGCCGUCUCCGUGGCCAGUAUUGUCUUUGUGUGGUUCUUUGUGCCGGAGCUGGCGGGACGGUCCUUGGAGAGCACGGACGCGCUCUUCUCCCUGCCCUGGUGGAAGAUUGGUCGGUAUGGCGCCAAGCUCACACCGGAUACGGAUCCUCUCACUGCGGAGAGGGACGGGAAGAUGGAUGAGGAUGAGAAGAAUGGGGUGCAGAUGGUGGAGUAUGGGCGAAGUGCGGUCUAGACCAAGAGAAGGCUGGAUGUCCAGAGCAGCUGGGCACCGAGAUGAACGCGGCUCUGAAAUCACGAGCAGCUUUUGAACGACUAUGAUUGCUGGUUAGCACCGCAUUCAUUGUUCUCGUGCACUGUUGGACGCUCGAAGCGUGGUGAGCGCCCUGAUCCUAGUAGCCAGCCUAAUGUGAUCAAACCUCAACUGCCAAUCAGUCUCUUUAUAAUUGUUUUAUUGCACCAAA